GGGAGGGAAACCAUGGUAAUAAUAAAAUAGAGCCACAAAUUUCGUUAAUCUUUGACCAGCUAGUGCUUACAGAGAUUUAUUUUGAGCAAGAUUUGCAAAUGUAGAACAAAAAAAAAGCCAUAUUGAUUUCUUUCACUCAUCAGUUUGCGAGAUGGUCACGGGCGAUAAUUGGAAUUCCGAUAUUCUGCUGAUGUGAUAUAACGCGGCAAGUAAAGGUCGUAUUAACAGAGACACAUUAAUAGAGAACGACAUUUGUGCCGAAUGCCUUAGAAUAAUAGUUUCAGGUGAAAAAGCUGUUAAUAAUGGUGGAAAUGAUAUAAACAAGACACAACAUUAAUGGCUGUCGCCAAACGUGAGCACGCAACAUCCGGUGCUAAUGAGGAUGACUGCCAUGUGACAAUUACUGAAGAUCUUACAAGCUCGGCAGGAGAUUCUGUGAUAAACAAACAUUCAGGUGAUGAUACAGGUCAUGAGAAAUUACUUAGAAAAACAGCGUCUGUCGAUGGAAAGGCAAUACCUCAUUGCAGAGCAUCAAGGCCGCCUCACUACCUGUACUUUGCUUUAAUUGUCACGCUCUGCUGUAACUUUCCUUUUGGUGGAGUAGCGGUUAUCUUCUCCUUACUCUCCAAAAGAAGCGGGAAGAAAGGUAAUAUCAAAGACGCUGAAUUUUGGGGGACCAUCUCAAAAUGGUUUAGUAUUGUUGGCAUUGCAAUCGCCCUCGUGGUUGUUGCAUUUCUGAUCGUGUAUUAUGUGCAUAUUGACAAAAAUAUUGUUGACACACCGGAGGAACUUCACCUGAAUGAAGGAUGACAUCACUGUGGCUCGAAUAAUCAAAGCGUUUAGGUUUAAGUUGUUUCAGUUGUAUAUAAAUAUAUCAUUGUCAAGCUGAUUCGUGCAAUAACUCUUCAAUUGUUUGGAUUUAAGGCCGUAUAUCUGUGACCUUUAGUUUAAAGAGUCUUUAAAAAUAAUUUGUUUGUUGUAUAUAAGCUUUUAUGGCACUCCAUUAUUGGGAUAUAGCAAACACAGCAUAACAAAAUUACAGUUAGAAGUAGAAAUCAAGAUACUUUCAAGCAAGGCAUGAAUUUUGACAGAGAUACUGGUUUUGAGUAUGUACAGAUUAAAAGAAUAUGACAGACAAGUAAGUCUAAAGCCAGUGAAAGUUCAAAGUAUGUGCAAUCAGGAGGCUAAACCAUCAAACAGGGAUACACUAUGAAUAUGUUUACAUGUAUGCAGAGAUGUUGAAUCAAUAUACAUAUGUCUAUAUAUCAUUGUAGAUAGGCCACAAUUGAAGUCUUGAGUUCUUUGUUAGGACUUUGAUUCACAAUAGUGUUUAUGUAUAAUUGCUACAUUUUUUUUAAAUUUAGAAAUGUUCUCAAAUUGGCAUGUUUUAUUUUUGAAUUGUAAAUACUAUGAAGCAAAGCUUGGUGAAAUAAUUCGAGAAAGGAAACGUGAAAAAAAAACGAUACAGUUAUUUGGAAUAAAUAUCAGUAUUAGGAAAUGGCAGCCGUAUACAGGGGUAAUGUUAAAGACCAUUCAAUGUACGCUUUUAAUUCAAUAUGUACAUUUUUUUUUCAUUUGAGAAAAGUUUUCAUCAUUAUUAAGUUGACCUGCAAAAAAAAUUUGAUUUAGUUUUUUAAACGUUUUGAUUACAUGUUUACUUCCAGUACUGACCAUUACGGGAAAUUUCACGUCGUAAUCAGUAUUUUUACAUUGAGUUAUAACAAAAGCAGUUGCUUAGCUGCUUCUACACAUGUAGUUAAUGGACCCAUAAUGACGAUCGGCAACUUCCGUGCGAUUAUGUAUCCUUCGUAUGCGAUUUCGGCAUCCUUCGGCCAGAACAGAAAAUCUCCAACACAGUGUUACUUCCCUUUACUCGGUAUAGAGUAGACACUGCCACCACGUAUAAAUUGGACAGGAUUUCAGCCGAAUUAUAUUUUUCGUUUUUUUUUUUCCUUUUUAAUUUUUGUUGUAGAUCUACAAAGUUUAUAUUUCAAAAGCUAAAUAUUGUAGACCAAUGUUUUCUUUGUAAUACGAGUAAAAAAAUAAUAAUAAUAAUGUAGCAAUACUAAAUUUACCCCUUUU